UUUUCCUGUUCGAAAUCAAAAACUAGAAAAAGAAGGUUACGGAUGUUGCAACGCGUACCCACCAAUGACUAGACGUGGCAUAAGCCUUGUCAACUCCUUUCUAUGCCCGCCAUUUUCUGCGUAUUAGCAUUACCGUAAAAAGCUGUUAAUCUGUAAAAUUCAUCAUGGGAAAUAUUUUCGCCAAUCUGUUUAAAGGCCUUUUUGGCAAAAAAGAGAUGAGAAUACUCAUGGUUGGUUUGGAUGCUGCUGGUAAAACAACUAUUUUAUACAAACUAAAGUUGGGAGAAAUAGUUACUACAAUUCCUACUAUAGGUUUUAAUGUUGAAACUGUGGAGUACAAAAAUAUUAGUUUUACCGUAUGGGAUGUAGGUGGUCAAGAUAAAAUCAGACCUCUCUGGCGACAUUAUUUCCAGAACACUCAAGGAUUGAUCUUUGUAGUUGACAGCAAUGAUAGAGAGCGUAUUGGAGAAGCUAGAGAAGAAUUAAUGAGAAUGUUAGCUGAAGAUGAGUUGAGAGAUGCUGUACUUUUGAUAUUUGCUAACAAACAGGAUCUCCCUAAUGCUAUGAAUGCAGCAGAAAUCACCGACAAACUUGGCCUCCAUUCCUUACGAAAUCGCAACUGGUACAUUCAGGCUACAUGUGCAACAAGUGGGGAUGGAUUGUAUGAAGGCUUAGAUUGGCUUUCUAACCAGUUGAAAAACCAAAAGUAACCAUGGAACUCUUUCGAACAAUUUCAUAUUGAGAACUUUAAAAACUUGAGCAUGGAGAAGAAAAGUAAACAAAAAUUCCAUGGGAAAAAGUAUUUUGUAGGAAAAAAAAAAUCAAGCUGGUAUUUUUCCCAGUAUGCUAUUGCUUCCCUUAUUUAUGAGCCUUCAACUGAUAUGUUAUAUUAAAUCUGAUUUCUUGAAUUUAUUUUUUAUUCAGUUUAAGGCUUGUUCAUCAGGGUUGCAACCUUGAAAGUGUAACGCCUAAGAAAAGAUUUUUUUGAAAAUGGCAUAUGUUUGUAAAUAAAUGAGUAUUAAAACUUCUCA